GUGACAGAUUUUGUAAAAUCUAGUUGCUGUUUCUUCCGUUAUUUUGUUUGUUUGAUUAUUAUCGAAUUGGUAUUGAUAUUUUAUAUCAAAAUGGCAUCACUGUUAUUGUCGUUGUGAUUUUUAGUCCAUUUUUUGAUCUGUUUUAUUAAUCGUAUAUCCCUGCAUUGAUUAUUUUAAUAGAAUGGAAGGGAGCUACAUUGAAAGAUAUUCUUUUAUUGGAGAAUGGUACGAUAACCAAGCCAGCCUCAUUCGUCGGUUUAAUGUAUUUUAUUACCCUACUGACGACACAUUAGAAAUGUAUGAUAUAAAAAACCGGAAGACAUUUGUGAGAAGAGUAAAAGUGAAUGGAAUUAGCCUGCAAAGCUUCUACAUUGGUUGCACUCUUUAUAUAUUAGGUCGUCUUAUUAAAAUUGUGGAUUUUGCUUGCGAAAACACUAAAGUGAAAUUGCAAAGGGAUAUGCAAGUGACAUUUGCAUUAAUUAAACCAAUACCUACUAUGGUAGCUGGCAAAAUAUUGUCUCAUUUUCAUGAACAUGGGCUCCGUGUGUCUAAGAUGAAGAAAGCACGCCUAAGACCUGAUGAUAUUGAAGUUUUGUAUCGCCAUCAACUCACUGAUCCUACAUUUCCGUUUUUGCUGGAUCACCUUACAAACCAAGAAGUUUUUGGAUUGGAACUUGUUGGUAGAGAUGCACACGCUAGAUGCUUGGAACUUCUAGGCAACCGAGAUCCACUGAAAGCUGCAACGGGUACCAUAAGAGCUCUCUAUGGUACUGAUCCUGUUAGGAACUGUGUCCAUGCAGCAGCAAGUCCCGAGGAUGCAUUAACUGAUGUUGACUACUUCUUCCCUCCACCUCCAAUGCGAUCGUUGCGCCUGAGAUUGACUGCAACCUUAUCUAACUGCACUCUCUGCAUAGUCAAGCCACAUGCAAUUCGAGAGGGUAAACUUGGACUAGCUCUUGAAGCCAUUGAUGAAGGAGGGUUUGAUGUUACAGCACUCAAUAUGAUCAUAGUGGAGAAUAUUAAUGCGGCAGAAUUCUAUGAGGUUUAUAAGGGAAUUGUACCAGAGUACAAGGGUAUGGUGGAAGAGCUUUCGAGUGGGCCUUGUGUAGCAAUGGAAAUAGUGUCUAAAGAUAAAACUGUCAAUACAGCAGUUGAGUUUAGAAAACUAGUAGGACCAGCCGAUCCGGAAGUUGCCAGAUUGUUGCGUCCUUAUACACUGAGGGCGAAACUUGGAAAGACAAAAGUUCAGAACGCCAUCCACUGCAGUGACCUGGCUGAAGAUGGAUUACUAGAAGUCGAAUACUUCUUCAAGAUAUUAGAUUUGUAAUAAGGCUGAUGUUUGAAUGGAUUUUUUUACCUUUAUGUUAAUUUUAUGUGUGAUUGCGUGAAAAGUUUAUGUAUUUGUGAAGAAUAAGCAUUAGUCGGUAGUCUGAUGGUUUUAAUAUAAUUUGCACCAUUUCGCACAGAUUCAACACAUUGAUAAAAUUAUUGUAUAAAAUAGCAUUCUGUAGUUCAUUACGAUUACAAGCUGUCAGUAUCAUAAUUUGUGCCUUGAAUCUCUGGAGACGACAUUGGUAGUCAUUUAGAAUAAUAUAGUAAUCUUAAAGAUUGAUAUGAAAAAUGCAUGCUUGCAAUAAAACUAAUUUAUAGAUAUGACUGGUAUGUGUAUUUAGCAUAGCUCUGGUCUGCACAUUUUAUUUUUAAUUUAUCUUGCUUAUAAAUUCGCCUUAUAAAGGUUAAAAAAUAAUAACAAAACUUGAUCAUAGAAGUGUGAUGUUAAAUUGAAAUAUAUGGUAACAGUCUUAUAAAUCCGAGAGAAAUUCCAUGCGAUGUUAUUGUCAAUACACAGCUCCUCGUAAAGAUUUGCCAAAGAAGUACCUACAUAUAUAACUAUUCGCUAUAGUGCGCGUUCAAAGAUUUAGAUACGUAUCACACCAUAUUCCUCUCACUUUUCAAGCGUGUAAUCCUAUAACGCAACCCUAUGACCUCGUUACAUUCAAUCACGGUGUUAUACAACCACGACUGUGCCACGGGAGUGCACCGCGAAUACUCAAUGUUAAAUAAUAAGUAUUAUUUAAAUAUUUCAUAUUAUAUUUUCUAAUGAAUUUCUAUUGUCAGUACACAGUUACGAUACGCUUAUGUGUGCAUUUUUUAAUUUUUUAUAGUAUUUGUCCGUUGAGGGUUGUGCAGUAGUUCUUGGCUAGUAACGAGAUGUUCUGGCGGGUGUGCGCUGCGCCAUUGAGUGUUUCUUUGCCAUUCGUCGGAACAAUUCGAUAAACAAGACUGAUAACAAUAAGUGGUUCACGAAACCAGAAUCGUUGUAUUUGCUUUCAAAAUCGAAAUAAAUAUUUUUAAGCAAA